AUGUGUUCAAAACCGAAGGCAGUUUAUUUCGGACAUCCAAUUCCUUUUUGGAAGAGGAGAGAAAAAUUAAAGAACAUCCUACAUAAAGAAGAACACGAAUUGGAUCAUGAACUAUAUACUAAAAGAGCUAUGCAAGAAUGUAAAUAUUGUACUGAAAGAGACAGCAAGAUACAGAAAUAUGAAGAAGAAUUAGAGAGGGAAAAAGAAAGAAAUUGUCUAAAGGCUUUAGAGAGAGAAAAAAUAGCUUACGGCAUGCGCUGCACAAAAUCCGACGAGAUCAAACUACGUGAAAUUCAGAAGAUGCAAAUACAAGAAAAAACAAAUAUAGAAAAGAACGAAGCAGAAGUUGAUGAAUUAUGGCACAACGUUCUGAUGAAUGAUCUUAGAAGAAAGGAAGAAAACGAGAGAAUUCAAUCGGAAAAACGGAGACAAGAAAUGUUUGAACGUCGAAUGGCAUACGACCAACAGAUAACCAGCGCUAAUAGACAGAGGCAAGAAGUCUUGCAGACUGAGAGAGAAGUAGAGAACAGAAGAUUGGAAAACAUAAAGAAGAAAAUGGAACAAGAUUAUUAUGAUGCAAUCAAAAGAAAAAAGGAUCAGCAGAUGCUGAAUAAAAAGAACUUCAUAGAGGGGUAUGAGUUGAAACAGAUGGAACUAAGAAAUAAAAAGAGACAAGAAAGGGAGAUGGAUGUUAGCACGAUUUUAACAGCAAUGGAAGAAUUGAGAAAGGAGAGGCAGAGAGAGUUGGACCAAAUUCAAGCUCUAAAAAUAGAGAAGCAAGUAUUUGUGGAAAAUUUCAACCGUGAGAAAAAGAUGGCAGAUCAAUUAGAAAGGGAUGCAGAAAGAAUAACAACAGAGUGGAAGGCGCAAGGAGAGAAAGAGUCAGACGAAAUUAACAGACGAAUCGAAAUGAAUAAAUGGACAAAUAAAGUCACUGCAGCUCAAGAAUACAAAAGGCACAUCGAAGAAAGGAAUCGGGAAUUAGAAAAAAAAAGACAAGAGAGAAGGGAGAACAUGGAACGUGUGAAAAGGAUGGCAUUCAAUGAGUUACGGAAUAAUUUGAACAGUGCCAAUGAGGAAAUGAGACGACAGAUCGAAUAUCGUAAUGCUUUAACCAAUCAAAUACGAGAUAACGGAAAAAUAUUGGAACUUGAAUUGAACGGAAUUGAAAGAAAACAACGUCCGUUUACAAAAAAAGCGAUUAUGUUUAAGGAAGCGAUGAGAAAUAAGAUCGACCACUCGUCUGUAAGUAAGAAUCCUGUUCAUCCAUUUACAAGAACGAUACAGGCAAAUGAAGAUAAUUUUACUGUACUACCAUUCAUUAAUAAAUAUGGAUUAUAA